AUGUGGACUGCGCUAGUAGACAUGGGCGGCAGAGGUGUAGAGGUGCGUCUCCCUCCAGGUGCCUAUCGCGCCACGUAUUCGGCUCCACCGAUAGGUACUAACGACGAUGCCGCUUGCGCUUCAACUUCGGCAAUAUCACCGAAAGGCUCUAUGACGACCCUGUCUAACACACGGCGCCGCUUUCAUCAACUUCGAGAUCUUCGACGGGAGCUCAGUGGCCGCCCUCGGUCAGACACUGACGCUUUGUCAGCAACAGAGGCGCCUACAAUAAACACAUCAUCUGCGGCCUCUUCACUACCGCCCGCGGCUACCUUAGCUCGUGCGUCGUCUUCUCUGACAAGUACGCCAUCGGCUGCCUCCCAUGUACUGCCAUUUCACCGACUCUCGGCGGAUGAUCCCGUCACGCGCUCUGUCUUGCGCACUGCCGCGGCCGAGCGCGCCCUACGCCUACAACAGGCUGAAAAUGAUGAGCUGAAGCGAGCGGUGGUGACGUGGCAACAAGAGGCCGCACAGAUGCAGUGCUUGAUUGACCGUCUCUCCACCGAGCUCAGCGACAUGAGCCAGACGGUGCUGCGGCAGACGGCCACUUUGAAGUCGAUGGGGUCCGAAAUGGACCGGCGAGACGCGUACCACUUGAUUAAAGAGAAGCGUAGCAGUCAAGCAGCGACUUCGGCCGUGGCGACUGCAAAUACCUCAUCAGGUACGUUGUCUUCGCAAUCCUCGUUAAACGAGCAGCAGCAACUUGUGCAACUCAGGCAGAAGAUAGAGGAGCUGACGAAGGAGAAGACAGAGCUGCAACAGCAAGUGAGCCACUUUUCGCCUCACCAUGGCGGCAAGCUGAGCAGCACACUGGCGAUCGAGGAAAUUGAAAAAGAUGAUGAUGCAACGGGAGAGGGGACCGGAGGUGGCAGGUGGGUGCCAUCUGCGCGAGUGGAGUUGCAGAAGCUGGUACAUGCUCUCGCUGCUAUACUCCGGACUGGCGCGUCGCCAAUCGCGUGCGUUGGCGCAGAUACUGAACCUGUUUACGAGGUGGAGUUGAGUUGCAGUACAUGCCUGGUCCCACGUAGCACGCAGCGCAACCCUAAUGACCCUGCGCUGGAACCUGCAAAGGCUAACUCUGUCGUCUGCAUCUGCGGUCCAUACAACAUGCACGAUGUUCUUCUGCGCGUUCAGCCAGUUGCAGAAGCUCCAAUGACCGAGAUACGACGCUCUCACAUGCUGGGAGAAGUGUCGCUGCAGAGCCCCAGGAGGUGCGUCUUGUACGCUAUGCAGAACACAUGCAGUGUCGUGAGGAUCUGCCUGUAUGAAAGCGCGGCCGAUACGGAGGUCCAAAAGGGAGCAUCUUGCAGUGCUCAUUCACCAGCACCUGCUGCCACGGCAGCUAUUGCCGUGCAUACUUUGAUCGCAACCGCCCUAGCCAGCCGCCGCGAGCUGGAGGCGAUGCCUGCUACCUACAACGUACACACAGUCCAUCUUGCCGAUGAGAGGGGUGCACCGCGCGGCACCUUCACAUUCCGAGUAAGAGUGACGGAGGUGCAGCAUCGCCGUUACCGCGGCUACGGAGGGGUCAAUUUUAUCGACAGCGAUUCCGUCGGCUGCCGAUGUACGCCACCCUUUUUGUCACCUCUAGCGGGAGAGUCCGGCGAUAUUGGAAUCCUUGAGCGAGGCGCGGCGCCACGCAGCAGUGCUGAUGCUAACCGAGCGGAUGGUGAGAGCGUCACCAAGCACUCGCCGCCUCCGCAGAGUCGUGAGCCUAUGCUUUCCCCCUCCCGCGACGACGACGCCAUACCCGUCGAAGGACAGCGCCUCUCUGCGUACUCCCCGUACUGCUGCUCAACUGCCUCACCCGUCCCCGCUGACGACAAUAACUCAAGCAACUCCUCGAAGGACGCGAUGGGCAUACUGGAGCAGAUGGAGGGACAAUCAAGGCUGCCGCCUGCACUCCUUGUUCCCGCAGAGGCCUCUGAGAACACGCUGCCUCCUGCAGCUGCAAUGCCCUCCGGUAGUGGGUUUAACAUCCCCGAAGCACCCUGUGGAAUCAGCAAGACACAGGUCAGGGACGGUGCAGCGCCAAUCGUGACGAAAACUACCGUAGAAUUGCCUGUGCGUGCAGCAACAGCCACCCUGCCACCAGGCGUCGGCACGUCGCCCCCUUCUCCCUCAACAGUAGCUCUCCUCUCCACUCCCAGUGCAACCAGUCAUUUUUGGCUACCGGCACCACCUCUAGCCAUAGUGCCCUCUCCACCAUCGUCGACUGUACCCAUCGAAAUACCUGCUGCUCCAGCUACUUGUGUGAUGCGAAUGCAUAUCAAGGAGGUACGUUAUCUGCACGAGGACUGUGGUGACGAGGUGGUAGGGGGCAUGCUGGACCAUUGCUCUCUGCAGGUGGCCGUCCGCGUAGAUGGUGAACUUGUUUUCACUACACCAACACGACUGAACCCGUCUCAUGCCAUGUGGAAUGCCGAGGAGGGCAGUUUCACGAGUACGCUCACAAGUGGGCAGGAGGUGCGCUUUGAGGUCCGUGGUGGCGACGCGGAGGGGAGCCGCGGAGUUUUGCCCGCGUCAGAGAUCUUAAAUGCCAGUGGGGAGAGGGAGGUGGCCUUAGUGUUCGCCAACAGUGGUACGUCUUGUGGACUUCUGACAGUGGCUUUCGAAGGACCGGUGUAG